UAAUUGUCUAUGAUUCCAAUGUUAAACUCAGUUUGUUAGAAUAAUUUUAUGGUUCGUUUAAGUGUUUCAACUGUUUGAUCGAUGGUCAACUGAUUGUCACAAUAUUUAUGUUUAUAUUUUACUCCAAGAAUUUAUCAUAAUAUUUAAGUUGAUGAUCAGCUGAUGUUUACCUUCAAUAUCAUGAUUAUAAUGGUUAAUUAGUGUUGUUGCUUUCGUAGCAAUUUAAUAACAUGUUAAUUACUAAAAUUUAUUCUCUAUGUGGUAAACUUACCCGAGGAACUAGUUCAUUUCAAAUUGUUCUCAUAGCAAUUGGAUUACAUUGUUUCGCCUCAAUAUUGAUCAUCUAUUUUCAUUUAUCUCGCUAUUUAGAUGAUAACAAAAGAUCUGAACCUAAUUUCAUUGAUGUACAAGGAGGAAUCAUCUCGAACAAACGAAUCGAUGAAAUUAAUUUGAUUGUCAAUGAUGUUAUCGAUGAAAGAAACAUAACUUAUCAUGGUUGGUGGUUGGAUCAUUAUAAAUAUCAACAUAAUAUUCAAUGUUUUGAGAGUAAAUGGAUUAAUUGUGUUCCUGUUUUCACAACUGAAUGUAAAGCCGAUGGUGUCAGAGGAAUGUAUCAAUUUAUACCCAUUCGAAGAGGUUACCCUUUGACCUCGAUUGAAUUAUCUCUUAAAUCAUUUGCUCCUCAUCUAUCAGAACAGUCCGAUGAUGGUAACUAUGGUCUUCACGCUUUGAUUUAUCUAACCAAUGGUCAAACUGAAUUUACGAGAAUUAAUUUUCCUGCUAAUCUCGACGAUUGGACUAAAAGAUCAAUAAUCUAUUCAACUCCACCAGGUACAUCGAUUGUUGAAAUCACCGUUAUGAUUUUAUGUUACGGAUACACAGGAAGUGUCACUUUUUCCGAUGUUCAAUUGAUUCCUUUAAAUGAGUUAAAAGGUAAAUUAAGACGACAUGAUUUGGUUGCCGAUUGUGUAGCGGAUGGUUAUGAGGAUCGACCAUUGAGCGAACCAGUUAAUUGUAAAGUAAUUGAUUUUCCAGUCGCCGAAACAAUUGGUAAAUUAAGUGAUCAUUUAAUCACUUUGGUCACUCAAGUUUCCAUGGAUCGAAUCUCAAUUCUUGAGAAAACUUUAUCAUCUUGGAAUGGCCCGGUUUCCAUAACCAUUUAUGUUCCUGUUGAUGAUCCUAGUGAAGGAUUAAAAGAUUGGCAGAGACUUUAUUUAGACAAGAAACUACGGAAACUUCAACUUACUCAGGGAAGUUUCAUUUCUUUGUUCCUUUGUCCGGAAAAUAAUCAAAUUUAUCCAAUCAACAAGAUGAGAAAUACAGCAAUUAAAAAUGCUCCCAGUCAAUUCAUCUUAAUUGUUGAUGCUGAUUUUCAACCAUCAACUGAUUUAGAGAAAGAGUUUAUCUCAACCAUUAAAGGAAUGGAAACUUAUGAUAAAGCUUUCGUUGUACCCGCUUUUGAAUAUGUUGAAGCUCCUAAGGUUAACGAAGCAAGUCCUCGUAAUAAAGAGGAACUACUACAAUUGAUUUUUCGAGACGAUCCACUAGUCAAUCCUUUUAGGUUACUGGAAUCAAUUGAUGCUCACAAAUUAACCAACUAUUGGAAAUGGUAUUCAUCUAAUAAAGUUUUCCCUGUCACGAAAUAUUCUGAUAAAUAUGAACCUUAUUUGAUCUUAGAAAAAGCCAAAGAUUUACCUUUAUUUGAUGAAAGAUUUUCGGGUUACGGGAUGAACAAAGUCACUCAUAUAACUGAACUUUUUGCUUCGAAUUAUAUUUUUCUAGUGCUUCCAAAGGCCUGGGUCAUUCAUUUACCUCACAAAUCGUCAACAUACAAUCAAGAUUUUCUUCAGAAUUCAGACCGACGCUUGAAAACCAGAGCCCAACGUUUCCAGUUCGUCAAAAAGAUAAUUGAAAGAUGGAAAAUCACUCAACAGUCUUGUAGAUGAGUUAAUAGAUAAUUAAUCGAAUUCAUCGUCAUUAAGCAACAAUCAGACGAUUUGAUUAUCACCGAAAACCGUUCUGCUCAUUUAAAGGUACAUGAAUGAUGACAAAACUGCCGCCGAUUACAAAGUUACUGGUGGAUCGGAACUUCACAUAGUCUUGGCUCUAAGAGGUGACCAGAAAACUAAAUCCAAACUCUCCUUCAAUCAAUACGAUGAAACAAGUAAAUUUGUUUGUCGUCCAAAUUGUUAAAAAAUAUUUUCUUUUCUAUUUCAAAUGCUAAUCAAUAUGAAAAUCUUGUAAUUUCAUCAAAACAUUUCGUCACACAUUAAAUUUGUGAAUUGUAUUGAUAAACAAAAAAUUAACAAAUUGUCAUUGAAAAAUGAAUGGAAGCAUUAAAAGUAAGUCUUCUGAUUAUGAAACUGAGAAGAUGAUGAUGGAAAAAUAAACUGAUCAGUUGAUCACAACAAUUAA